CUCUUUUGCUGCUGGACCGCAACGUGGUGCUGAUACACGAUUCGUGGUUGGCUCGACUUGAAGAUGAGUUUCGGCGAUUUAAAAUCUGACAGUGGUCUCAAGCAGUUGAAUGCUCAUCUGGAAAGUCGUAGCUACGUUCAGGGAUAUGUGCCAUCAAAAGCCGAUGCCGAUACGCUUCAGCAAUUGAAAUCGGCUCCGGAGGUCUCCAAGUUCCCGCAUGCCGCUCGUUGGUUCAAACACAUCUCAUCGUUUGCCGCUGGAGAACAGAAAUCUUGGCCUUCGGCGGGUGGCCCACCUCCAAAAGCGGCGCCAGCCGCUAAGGACGACGAUGAUGACGACGACGUGGAUCUCUUCGGGUCUGACGACGAAGGUGAUGCCGAAGCCGAAAGGAUCCGGGAAGAAAGACUGAAGCAGUAUGCGGAGAAGAAAGCCAAGAAACCAGGCCCAAUCGCCAAAUCUAACGUUAUCCUCGAUGUGAAACCUUGGGACGACGAAACCGACAUGAAGGAGCUCGAAAAAGCUGUCCGCUCCAUCGCAAUGGACGGUCUCGUGUGGGGUAUCUCGAAGCUCAUGCCAGUCGGAUAUGGAAUCAACAAGUUGCAAAUAGUGUGCGUUGUUGAGGAUGAUAAGGUUUCAAUCGAUGAGUUAAGUGAAAAGAUAACCGAUUUUGAAGACUUCGUGCAGUCUGUGGACGUAGCAGCCUUCCAAAAGAUCUGAGAGAGCGAAUAAAACUCGACAAGAGUUCUCUCACGAAGAA